AUGGGGGCCUUACAACCUGGUCUGCCUUCGCCCGCCGGGAUUCCCCGGGCACUUAUAAAGCUUGUCAUUGAUCUCAAAGAUUGCUUUUACACGAUCCCGUUGUCCCCUGUCGAUUGCCCUCGCUUUGCUUUUAGUGUUCCGACCAUUAACCUUCAAGAGCCCAUGAAACGUUAUCAGUGGAAAGUUCUCCCACAGGGCAUGGCUAAUAGCCCGACCUUAUGCCAAAAAUUUGUCCAACAGGCGAUUCAAAUCACUCGAGAACGAUUUCCUGAUACUCUGAUUAUUCACUAUAUGGACGAUAUCCUCCUUGCACAUGCUGAAGAACGGCGUUUACUUGAUACCUUUUCUCACAUGCAACAGGCUCUUCAUUCUUCAGAGCUCCAGAUUGCAAGCGAUAAAGUCCAGACUGCCUAUCCCUACUCCUACUUGGGAUUCCAGUUAAAACCCUCCCUUUUUACCCCUCAAAAAAUAACCAUCAAUACGUCCUCUCUCCAAACGUUACAUGAUUUUCAGACGUUCCUAGCUACGGCCGCCACCGCCGCCAUAGCACUAACAGAAGAGGUUCAGACCGCGGACUUCGUUAACGAGCUAGCUCGCAAUGUGUCUGUUGCAUUUCAGACCCAAGAGGAAUGGGAUCGAAAAAUAGAGCAGAAGUUGAAUGCUCUGUACGAUACCCAAAGUGAAUUGAAUUCGUUCUUGUGGACCAUAAAGAGAGACCCACCAUCUUACUUCUUUGGCACAAUCCAUGUCCGGUACACACGGGUUUGGGACUUCAUCCCGGACAACUCCAAGGAGGCUUUUCAGCAGAGCAUUAUCGUGUACUUCGAGCUGGACCUCAUGGACCCCUACACUAUCUCAGCCCUCACUAGCUGUCAAAUGCUGCCACAGGGCAAGAACCUCCAGGAUGUGCUCCCCAAGGACAUCUACUGCCCCCUCAAGCACCACCUAGAGUACAUGAAGCUCAUGAUGCCCUCGUGGAUGACCCCCGACCAGCGUGGUAAAGGUCUCUAUGCAGACUACCUCUUCAAUGCCAUUGUGGGGAACUGAGAGCGCAAGAGGCCCAUCUGGGUCAUGCUCAUGGUCAACUCCCUGACCAAAGUGGACAUUAAGUCCCAUGGGGUGCCUGUGUUAGACCUGUACCUUGCCCAGGAGGCCGAGCAGCUCAGGAAACAAACCGGGGUGGUGGAAAAGGUAGAAGAGCAGUGCCAUCCAUUGAAUGGACUAAACUUUUCACAGGUCAUCUUUGCUUUGAACCAGACCCUCCUGCAGCAGGAGAGCCUGCGAGCAGGCAGCCUUCAGGUCCCCUACAUGACUGAGGACCUCAUCAAACAGUAUAACUGCGGGGACCUCAGCUCUGUCAUCUUCAGUCACGACAGCUCCCAGGUUCCCAAUUUCACUAAUGCCAUGCUGCCGCCUCAGGAACGCAUCACAGCUCAGGAGAUUGACAGCUACUUCCACCAGGAGCUUAUCUACAAGUGGAACGAGAGGAUGGGGAAGCCGGUGAAGGCACUUUUGGAGGAGUUCCCCGACAAAUGUUUUUUCUUUGCCUUUGGAGCUGGUCAUUUCAUGGGCAACAACACAGUGCUCGAGGUCUUGCGGCGCGAAGGCUAUGAGGUAGAACACGUCCCUGCUGGACGACCCAUCAACAAAGAGAGGAGUAAAAGCCCCUCAUUGUCGCCCAUCUCCCCUGCCAUCUUUGCUCCGGAAGUACCCACCCUGGAACAUCGGGUACCGGUACCGGAAACUGUGUCUGUGAUGCAAUCACUGUUGCCGCCCCACGUGUCCCUGCCCGGAAGUACCAACCUGCCAGGUGAGGCAAAGAGGAAGUUCCAGAAGAAGUGGAGGCAGCCCCAGCGGAGGCAGCAGCUCUGGCAGUUCUGUGACCUGUGGGUCCGACUAGAGGAGAGUGCUGUGGUGCCACAACUCCGGGUCCCUGAUCUGGACAGGCACAUCUCUGCUGAGCUGCGGUCCCCUCGGCCUGGACUAUCCCACCGCCGCUGCCAGAUGGUGGCCAGCAGUGCCUCCUGGUCUCUCUGGACUCCUGUGUUUUGGGUGUUGGUUCUGGCUUUCCAAACAGAGACACCCCUCCUGCAAUGA